AUGUAUGAUGGGCUGGAUGCUGUGGGAGUGGACCAACAGGUUGGCAAUAUUUGUCUGAUCUUCAUGUUGUCCUCUUAUAUCUACGCUGCGGUGGGAGUGGAGAUCUAUGGCAAGCUAGAAUGCAGUGAUGACUACCCAUGCCUGGGUUUACAUGCUGAAGCCAACUUUAGACAUUUUGGGGUGGCCCUGAUCACGCUGUAUGGCCUAUGCACCGGUGACAACUGGAACAUGAUUAUGAAAGACACACUAAGAGAAUGUCAUCCUGAUGAGCAUGGCUGUAUGAGCUACCUUUCCUGGGUCUCUCCGUGUACAACCAAUCAUCAGUUUCGUGGUUAUGGCCCAGUUUGUGCUGGUGAACUUGGUGGUCGCAUCAAUCAUGCGAGCGCUGGAGGACGCCAAAGAGGAUCUUCCAGCACUCCUGGCUCCAUCCGUCCACGAACCAGCACACCAGGACCCAGCUGUGCAGCCACCACUGCAGGGUCCACAGCAACGUAA